CUUGUUGCUUAGUUGUUGCUGGGUCACACGAUGCUUCUUUCUAAAGGCAUUUUCAAGUAUGCACCACUGGCAACUUUUAUUUGUUAUAAACCGACGCUUCCUCCACCUACUCUCCUUCCUAAAACCCAAACACUAAUCUUCUCUGCUCACACACAACACACAAAAAUGGUCACCACCGCCCCACAAGAGAAGGAGGUAACACACGAGUUCCCCUUCUUCCGUGUCUUCAAAGACGGCACGGUGGAGGUCCUCCGUCCUCCACCGAAAUUCCUUCCUCCCUCCGACGACCCCGCCACCGGCCUCCGCAUCAAAGACACCGUCAUUUCAUCCGACCCUCCCGUCUCCGCUCGUCUCUUCCUCCCCAAAAUAACCAACAAUAACAAACUCCCUGUCUUCCUCUUCUUCCAUGGCAGCGGCUUCUGUGCCAGGUCCGCCUUCUCUCCAGAAUACAGCAACCACGUCGCCGCCGUCGCCAACGAAGCCAAAGUCCUCGCGGUUUCCGUCGAGUAUGGCAAGUUUCCAGCCCGACCACUGCCCGCGUGCUACGAAGACGCCUGGAGAUCCUUCCAGUGGGUCACGUCGCACGCGGACGGAACAGGGACGGAGCCCUGGCUGAACGACCACGGCGACUUCCAGCGUCUUUUCGUCGCCGGAAGCAGCGCUGGCGGGAAUAUCACCCACACGUUGGUUAGCCAAAUCGGAAAAACAGGAUCUCCGCCAGGAGUGAGGGUAGAGGGUGCGAUUAUGGUCCACCCUUUCUUUGGUGGAAUAGGGGACGAUGCGCAGUGGCUGUUCAUGUGUAAGGAUAACAAGGGGCCGGAGGAUCCGAGGCUGAAGCCGGCGGAGGAGGAUUUAAGGAGGCUUGGGUGUGAGAGGGUGUUGGUGUGUGUGGCGGAGAAGGAUUCGUUGAUGGUUGCCGGAAAGAACUACGUUGAGGCGUUGAAGAAGAGUGGUUGGGGUGGGAGUAUUGAGCUUGUUAUUCAUUGGGGUAUGACACAUAGUCAACACGUUCACUUCCCAGAUCAAGGGAAUUCUCGUGAAGUUUUGCGAAAGUUUGCUUCUUUCAUCCAUCAACAACCAUGAAGGUCAUGAACGAAAUUCUUGGUGGUAACCCACCUCGGUGAAUUGCAAGAUGGGGACGGAGCGGAGGAUCUUUUAUCAUCUUUUGUACUUUUGGAUACUUUGUUAUAGUACUCUCACUUUUGUACUUUAUACUUUGUUGCCUUAGAGGCUAAACUUGAGAGACAGGAUACAUAUUCUAUUUUAAAUCAAAAACUCUGUCAUGUCUGUAUUUAACUAGUCGGCCUAAACUCUGCGGGCUACGGCUGGUAUCCUUUUGACUAUCAUACUUAUUGAUGAUUGGAGUUUCACUA